AUUCAAUAGUAAAAUAAAAAAUUUUUUGAUUAAUAAAAUGAGUGGGGAGCUUCCCAUAAGAGAUUGUGAGCCAACAACUUCGAUGAUGCACUCGAACGCAUAUCAUAUCCACUUACCAUUAUAUAUUAUGGAUAUGGUGCGUAUAUUUCAGGAUCACCCCAAAUAUGUGAACGGCAUCAAAGAGAAUGAUAUUGUUGAGAUGUUGAGGAAGGAAUCAUUUGCCUGUGGCGAUUUGGAGGCACAAGUGAAGACGGCUGUUAUGGAUUUGUCCGCCAAGGGUUUUAUACGUUAUCUGAAUAACGGUUAUCGCACAUUGGGACCCAUUGCCAAGUUGGCCAAUGCACGCAAUGUGCGAAACUUUUGUGCCACAUGGCAACGCAUCGCCGAACUCCAAAAGGUCAAUGCGAACAUCAUGGAUGGUGCCCAAUACACCCGGAAUAGUCAGCGUCCCAAGUGCACAAGGCGUGACUCCAAUUUUUAAGCCAAUCUAUUGCCCAAAAAGUCAUCUGGCCAUGUUUUGUUAUUUGUUUAUUUUCAGUUAUGCAUUGAUUUCAACCAUAUCCCACUGCACACUUUGUAUAUGGUGUAGGUAAAACACUUAGUCCAUCAAAAUUAUUGUAAAAACCAAAUGCGUC